AUGACACCCCAGACGCAAAAAGGCUCCACUCGUCGAAUGACUCGCAACAGCAACCCAGAUGACGUACCGCGACGACUUCUUGUCGACGACUCGGCACCGAAGGCGGCAACGGCAGCGGCGGUCGACAGACAAAUGAGCGCGCCGGUCGAGUCGACGCCCAGCGGGGGACGGGACGAGGGAGGUGGCGACGGCGACGACGGCGCUGCGAGUACGAUGACGGCAUCGUUGAAAAAACUCUCAAACAAGCGCAAGACUACCCUCAACACGGUUACAUCCAAGAAGGCAGCAGCACCGAAGAAGACCGCAAGAAUUCAAGGUACUGCCGAGCAGGCUCAGGCUCAGGCUCAGGCUCCCGCCCAGGCUGGUCCGAGCUCGACGAUGAUAAAGUACCCCGAUCAGAGUCUACCGCUCGCGACAUCGACUAAUUCUGCGAACACCCACCGAGCCACAUCACUUCAAGCAAUCGAUGAAGUCGAUGCCAACGCGCGAGCCCGAGCUUGCGACCAAAACGAGAUGCCCACGAGCGAUUCGGAGUUGACCUCGAGCGACGAUUCGAACGACGAGCCUUACCUGCCUUCGCGAAAGAGGGGUCCGAGCGGCGCAACCUGGGCCUCCAAACGACGUCGCAAGCCAGCGGGCCCCAUCAAGACGAAUCAGAAGUCACACGUGGAACAACGAACGGAAAGCAAGUCCGUAAUCUCGAGAUUCGACCACUCCUCGACCCGAGCCCUCGGCAGUUUUCCGGCCCUGCAGAGUCUCACCGAGAAUGUCGAAGCCGUACUUCACAGUGCUCGAACGCGGACCCACUUCGGCAGGAGGCUGCAGUCCGAAUCACACCAACGCUUAAAGGCUUCGAUCGAAGUAUUACCGGAUCCACCUCAAAGAGCCGUACUCGCCUUGCUCUUGAAGUGAGUCUCUCCUCUGACGCUGCUGACACGCCGAACGAAAAGUCGACUGAACGUUGGCGCAACCUUAGUCGCUACACCAGCUUUUGCGAAACUCAAGAUGUCAACCUACCCGCUUUUCCACUCUCCGUAAGCCUCUCGGCAUUUCCGGAUCCGAAUCCGUGCUGAAUCACUCGCUUGCACUUUUCGCUUUGCACGGAGCAGCCCGCCAAAGUCGCAAUCUUUCUCGCACGGGCAACCGACACAUCCUUCGGAGAAAGUCUGCGCCGGCGAUUGCCACAACCCUUGACCUAUCCUCUACCCAUUGCCGGCGGCGGCGAUCAGGGUAGCUUGCUCGGCCCGAGCGAGGGCUCACGAGUCGAUGUCGCGUUGAUGCGUUGCUGGCUCCAGGCUUUAUCCUACGCACAAGGCGCAAUCGCUCCCGUGUGGGCGCCGGUGCUUUCGCCGCUCGACCCCUCCCUGGCGAGCAUUGAGCGUGACCCGGCCAUCAUGGACAUCGUCGCAACCUUCCACGAACCCGAAGCAAGGGAAUCGUCUUCAUAUCGAGCAAAAUCGACGGCCGUGGGAAGUCGACGCUCUGGAGGCACACGGCAGACGAGCCAAGUCGCCGCUGUUCCGGUCGAUCUGGCGAAGCGACGUCAAGAUCUGCAGGCCGCCGGGGCGAAGACUGCGCAGCGGUGAGCCAGUCAAGACAUCACGAGCAUGCCGCGAAUUCUAGCUCUGUAAGCGACGUAAAUGCUGACAUUGACCCGCUUUGGUGACGGGUGAUGUUCGAUAGAACCUCGGCGAUGAAAUCACUUUCGAAAGCAAUCUCGGAGCACAAUGCUCGUGCCGCCCGGAGGGGUUCGAUGUCAAUUCAACGGCCUUGCGACGCGACCUCUUUGAUGCCGAGCAUCGUUCCACACCCCGCAACGGGAUAUGACGCUCCUACUGCCGAGAUGAGCCAUCGGACCCAAAACAUGCCCGUUGGAAUUGGACCGUCAAUGCCGUGGCCGCACGGCACCCGGACUCCCUCAUCCUCGAAUGCUCCUCGCCCUUGGCCCUUGUCGACCUAUGGAAGCAUACCGUCACCCCCCCUUCCGAUCGGACCAGAAACUUUCAUUAGGCACCAUGCGUGUAAGACCCCCCCUACUCAACCUGGCUCAACCUAUCCUAUUCCCUUGACGAGGUCAACUUCGUACGAGCCACAUCUGCGCAGCGCUUCGGCCGCAUUCAGUCUGAGUGACUUUCAGUCAAUGGCAGGGGAAGCGGUGCAACCGGCUAGCACACCCCAUCUCUCUGAACGACUUCGAUCGGAGCAAAAUGGGAUGCAAUCGACUUCGGUUGGUUCCCAAUUCGAUUUUCGCCAAGAAGCUGCGCCUACUGCACGAGCGCCUAUACAUCAAGGCAACCCGUCACAGGCCCGCGGCCAAAGGUGGUCUCGACCGCCCCGUAUCGGCAUGCUUCAGAGCGGUCCCAAAGGGUACGAGGUAGGAGCUCAAAAUUUGGGUCCAGGAAUUCUCCAACCCAUUGACAGCAACGGCGAAAUUACCUUCGGUGCGGUUUCAUCUUCGCCGUCAAUGAUGCCGCCACCGGCGUCGACGAGUUUAAGCGUUUCUGCUCGCCGAGAUUCACAGGUGCAGAGCACCCCACAGAGGCCAUCGUCUUCUACAGCGACCGUUCUCCAAGAAGGGUUAUUCGUUAGUCCGACGAUACCGGUGUUGCACGGCAAUGGUUCUCAAUUCGAGAUGGAGAGCUCGAUGCGAUGGGAUGCGCUUCCCUCGGCUCCGACGUUGAUCGCGCUGGCCGCCGAUGUGCGGCCCGUCGGUUGGUUCAUUGAAGCAGACACGAUGCGCACCAUCCAGAUCGGUGCUCCACAUACCACUACAUCUCCUCCCUCAUCAGCAACAAUCCCAAGGGGUGUGAUCAACGCUCAAGGCCCAAGCACUCUUGGCAACCCCUACUUUUCCAUGCCCGUUGCGCGCCCUCCCCCUGUUCGGCCGAACGAAUCACCCGAGUCGGCGGUGGUGGAGCCGCAGCCGAUUGCAGAGCUUCCAGGUGAUACUGUCAUGGGCGCGCAUGCAAAUGACAGCCAAAACAUGGACGGCACCGUGGAUCGAAUGUCUCGCCCUUCUUCGGCGGCCGGAUCGGCCCCUCCUGAACAGCAUCGCUCCUCGUCGCAUGCCGGUGUUGGGGUCGCAGCGGGCCUCGAGGGAACGUUCCUGCUCGGCACCUCCGCGACGCCAUCAACCUCAUCUCCUCAAAAUGGUCAAAACAGCUCCAAAUUAAUCUCUGCGACACCACUCAACAGAUAUGAGCCUCACACUCACCUCGACCCGGUUUCGCCGUCAAACAUGCGGCCCACCGACUCGCCGAUCUAUCGCGAAUCACCCCUGAGCUUGAAAGAAGUCUCGCGCGCGCACUCGACCUGA